UAAACCACAGGAGCAUGCGCAUUGCAAUUAACUACAGGUAGAUGAGCCAUCUGCUGUCCUCUGCUUUAGUCAAAUAUCGUCAAGCAAAUGCUUCAUUAACUCCCAGUGUGGGUUGCCAGUACAAAGAGAUCACCGUUUACCAGAUCGGGCUACAUGAUGGCUUUUCACCCAGUAGGAGUACCACCAGGUUUAGAAUAUCUUACUCAAAUUGACCAGCUCUUGGUUCACCAGAAAGUGGAGCUCUUGGAGGCUUUUCUUGGUUGUGAGACCAAAAACAAGUAUGAGAUCAAAAACAGCAUGGGCCAAAAGAUCUUCAGUGCCAAGGAGGACACAAACUGCUGCAACAGGAACUGUUGUGGCCCAAUGAGGCCCUUUGACCUUCUGAUCAAAGAUCACAAUGACCGGGAAGUCAUCCAUUUGAUCAGACCUUUCCGGUGUGCGUCCUGCUGCUGCCCCUGCUGUCUUCAAGAGAUAGAGGUCCAGUCACCACCAGGAACUACAAUUGGCUAUGUGGUCCAGGAUUGGCACAUGUUCUUACCCAAACUGUCAGUCCUCGGGCCUUCGAAGGAAAACCUGAUGAAAAUAGAGGGACCAUGCUGUGCCAUUAGCUGCUGUGGGGAUGUAGACUUUGUGCUAAAAGGUAAGGAUGACCAAGCCAUUGGGAAGAUUAGUAAACAAUGGAGUGGACUGGUGAAGGAGGCGUUCACUGAUGCAGACAACUUCGGAAUCACAUUUCCCCUCGACCUCGACGUAAAAGUGAAGGCUGUGUUGCUUGGGGCUUGUUUUCUACUCGAUUUCAUGUUUUUCGAGUAUACGAGGGACAGUGGACAGCGAUGCAGUGUCUUUGGGUGAAGCCACACAGAAGUGGCGCCAGAGCAGGGGUGUCCCUCUCUGGCUCUUGAAAGACGGAACUCUUCCAAGGAUACCUCUCCUAGCGCUUCUGACAACCUGACACACCUUAUGCGCACUUGCCAUGCUCUGCCCUCUCUUCCCUCCUCUACCUCCCUCCUCUCCACCUCCCUCUCUCUCCUCUAUCUCCUCCUACCAUUUUCUCCACCUACCACACUUUGACUAGUACUUAUAAUGUAGGCACUCCUAUUCUCAGUACUAGUAUUGACAGAUACAGUGGUAAUUCCUAGCUACGGUCUCCUCUACACUGUAGCUUAUGUUAUCCUAUUGCUGUAAGGAUAAAAGUGUCUGCCAAAUGAAUGAAUGUUAAUGUGGAAGAAAUCCUAUAUUUGUUGUGCACUGGUGAAAGCGUUGUUGCUAAAAUUUUUCUAAUACAAAUUUCUUUGGUAAUAAUAUGUGCUUUAUUUUUUAUAUAAAGACAACAAAUGUUAUGCAGUACCAGUUUAGUUUUGUUUAUACAAUCUUAAUUAUUAAUGUGUGAAUAUUUGAUCUCUGUUCUGAUGACCUUUUUUGUACUGGUAAACUGUUAAAAUCAGCUCAUUAAUGUUGAUAACUUGACAACUUCUUAAAUGAUUAAACUUGGUCUUUGUGAGUGGCAACAAGGAUGCAAUGUCAGCCUGUCCUUUACUGCAAGGCAAAGAGGGCCCAACAGACUUUUAAGUUAAACAGCUUACCGUUCCUUUGUUUUCUGAUUAUUACAAAAAAUUAUAACCUAUAUCUUGAAAUGGCCAUAACUGUAUAUUUGGUAAUUUGAGUAAGCAUAUACCAAAGCAAUAAUGUUUUUCUGAAGUUCACCAAAAAGACCAACAAAUAUGUACACUGUGGGCAUAAAGUGUUUUAUUCUUGUAUUAAGAAUAUAAAUAGAUAAACCUGCUAUUUAGAUAUUUCAGUAUACCUCCUCUGCUCAAGACAAUGUGUAGUAGAUAGACCUGCUGUGCGCUUAUAAAAUCAUGUGUGUGAACACAGAUGUCUCUUUGGAAAUGUCUCUAUGGAGACUAACAGGGCAAAGGUUACGGAUCCCUGUGUUCUUUUAUUAUGACAUUAUCCAGCCUGGAUACACAUUCUGGUGGUGGUUUGUGUGUUUGUAAAGCUGACCUAGAGGAAAAGGCUAAUAUCCUUUGGAGAUAUUGGUGUCAGAUAUCUGAAAUAAACAGCAUUCUAGCCUCUA